UGAAUAACAACAACAAUCAACACAGUGACUUAGUAUUGGUAAACUUGAGGUUGGCAGCACUAUUGUACUGCCAGGUCUCUCACCACCGUGCUUGUCUAAUAUCUCACUCAGCGACUUCAUGACUCAAGGGAUGAAUACAUCACAGCAACAGAAGGUGGAUGGGGACAGCAUACAGAAGCAGUUGUGGCACCUACGUUAUGAGGAUCCCACUCAGUACCACACACUCGUCAAGAUGCACCUCUCCUUUGCAACAGACCUCCCCACAGACCAGUGUGAUGGAAAAACAAACGAACAAAGUUCAAGUCGACGAUGGCAGUUGACACCACUAAUGAGAAAGCUGGGUCGUGUUGCCGGGCCAAACAAAGGAGUAAUGGAGGGCGCACCACUAACACAAGAGGGUGUUUGCCAAGCCUUCCAGCUGAUACACUACCUCAACGAACACUAUAACAUCACUCAGGAGGGGUUGUUCAGAAAGAGUGGAAGUUUGAGUCGACAACAGGAAUUAAAAGCUCUGCUCAACGCCGGCGGUGACCUGAACCUCGAUUAUGGCACGUACUCUGCCCAUGACUGUGCUUCAGUCCUCAAAAGCUUUCUGGCUGACCUGCCUGAACCACUCCUAACAGAGGGACAUUAUUCCAUCCACUGUAGAAUAGCUGAGAUGCUACAGCCACACAUGAGCCGUGACCAAAAGGAACUUACUCGUGCACGUCAGAUCAAGGCCCUUCGUCUUCUAUUUCUCCUGUUGCCACCAGAAAACUACCAGCUGUUGCAUGACCUCCUUGUCCUGCUUCACCGAGUGGCCUCCCACCAAAAACAAAAUCUUAUGCCGGCCAUCAAUCUGGGUACAAUGUUCGCUCCUCACAUUCUCUGUCCUCGCAAGAUGGCUCCCAAUGAUCUACAGUACCUGUCAGCAACACUGAGUACAGCUGUAGCCUACAUGAUUGAAGAAGCCCUACAGCUCUUCCAGAUUCCGCUUGAACUGGAAUAUGAUGUCCGUCAAUAUUGGAGUAAUAAGAAAAAGAUGCGGCACCAGCUGUCACAAAGAUCGAUGAUGGAUGCACCGGCGAAGACAAUUUUUACUUUUAUUGAUCGUGAACUGACGGCACAAGCCAAUGAAAGAGAUGUGACCGAGAUUGCUCUUGCUGAACUAUAUGCCUACGUCCAGUCCCUGCCAGAUUCUGCCAAAAAGCGAAGAUUGAUAAAACAAUUUAACCACGCCAGUGGUUCAGGAACCCCACAACUCAACCAAAGUACAGUGAAGAAACAAGAGGCACGAGGCAAGAGGUUAGGUGAAUCCAUUAAGAAACAUCUAUUCCACAAGAAUGUGAAAUCUGGCAAGAGUAAAUGUCAGCCUUUUACCUCUAGUAGCUGCACCAAAGUAAAGCGCACCAACAGUGAGGACUUUCUUAGCCCUUGA